UGACAGUUUUAUGACUGAAAAUGUGAACUUGUUUAUUUUGUAUUAUUGUACUUUGGCCGGUAUAAGGCGUUUACAAUCUUAUUUUAUUCUUAUCACUAAGAGAACAAAAGUGAAGUCUACAAAUUAAUAUUCAAAGCUUAAGAAAUAAAUGAGAAUAUAGCAUUUACUAUCAUUCCCUAGAUAUAUUUAAUAUUUAACACUAUAUUUAAAAUGAUGUUACUUAAAUUUUCUUCAUUGCCUAAGCCAUUACACCGAAGUUAUGCGACCAAAGGAAAUCAGGUUAAAGAUGUUAAUUAUCAAUAUUUACAAAGAAGCAAAGUGCCAACUAUGCAUUUUCAAAAGUCAUUGCCACGUCUGCCAAUACCAGAUUUAAGCAAAAGCCGCGAUCGUUACCUUAACGCUAUCCGGCCCUUACUUGCUAAAGACCAGUAUGAAACCGCUGUGAAAAGAACUGAUAAAUUUGUAAAUAAUGAGGGUAAAGAAUUACAAUCCAAAUUAGUUAAUAAGGACAAAAUGAACAAGCAAACCAGCUACAUAUCAGAUUAUUGGUUUGAUCUUUAUUUAAGAGAUAGAUCAGCUCUACCCAUUAACUAUAAUCCAUUGAUUGUGUUUCAAAAUGAUUUAAGACCGGAUUAUAAUGACCAGUUAGUAAGAACCUCAAAUUUAUUAGUGAGUGCAGUCAGAUUCAUGAUGGCCCUAAGGGAACAAAUUCUGGAACCUGAAGUGUAUCACUUGCAACCAAAAAAAAGCAACACUCCUUUAUUCAGGACCGUUACUGGUUUGCUUCCAGAAAGCCUAUCUUGGUAUGGAGCCUAUUUAUUCAAAGCAUUCCCCUUAGAUAUGAGCCAAUUUGUUGGUCUGUUUAAUGCAACCAGAAUACCUCUAGUUGGUAAAGAUAAAAUCUUCAGGGAUACAAGUUGUAAUCAUGUUGUGGUACAGAGAAAUGGACAUUUCUACAUCUUUGAUGUUGUGGAUUCCGAUGGUAACAUACUGUCACCAACAGAAAUCUUAGGAAAUAUGUCUCAAAUAAUGGAAGACAAAACACCAAAGGCUGAAUAUCCUGUAGGAAUAUUAACAACCCAAAAUAGAGACGUGUGGGCUAAGCAAAGAAUAUAUUUAGAAGAAAAUGGUAAUCAAGAAACACUUAAAAAAAUUGAUUCAGCCAUAUUCAAUAUUGUGUUAGACGAUGAAACUAUUGAUGACAAUAAACACAAAAUUUUAACAAAUUAUUUACAUGGGGAUGGAUUGAAUAGAUGGUUUGAUAAAUCAUUUAGUCUUAUCACAACAAAGGAUGGUGUUUCUGGUAUAAACUUUGAACAUUCUUGGGGAGAUGGCGUUGCUGUGCUCAGAUUCUUUGAGGAUAUUUAUAAAGAAACUACAACAAAGCCAUUCAUAACUCCAGACAGUAGACCCUCUAAGAACAAUAUAACUGUCAAAAAAAUUGAGUUUAAUUUAGAUGAUAAAUCGAAAAACUUUAUUGUUAAUGCUAAAACUGAAUACAGUGAUUGGUGUAACUCAUUAAGUAUUGAUUAUAUUUUGUACGAACAACUAACUAAAGAGGCUUGCAAGAAGUUGAAAGUCAGUCCGGACUGCAUAAUGCAGCUGGGUUUUCAGGCUGCUUAUCAUUUGCUGCAUGGAAAAUAUGUGGGUACUUAUGAAUCUUGCAGUACAUCGGCAUUUAAACACGGAAGGACAGAGACUAUGAGACCUUGCACAGAUAAAACGAAGGCGUUCUGCGACCUACUUCAUUCUAAGAAGGCAUCCGACCAAGAGCUGAGGUCAUUGAUGCAGGAGUGUUCCUUAUAUCAUUCCAACUUAACGAAAGAAGCAGCUAUGGGACAGGGUUUUGACCGACACAUGUUUGCACUGAUGAAGAUAGCCGAAGAGAACCAUAUGCCAAGACCGGAAAUAUUUGAUUCCUAUGAAUACAAGUACUUGAAUAAGUCAAUACUGAGUACCAGCACAUUGUCCUCUCCAAGUGUACUGGCUGGUGGUUUUGGUCCUGUUGUCAAAGAGGGUUUUGGUAUUGGGUAUUCAGCGUUCGCAGAUAAACUAGGUGCAGCUGUAGCAAGUUACAAACAACACAAUAAUAGUAGUGAAUUUGUACAGGCUCUACAAAAAUCAUUUGAGGAUAUAAGAAAAAUUUUGUCCUAUUGAUUGUCUGUUUACAACAAUACAAUCUAUUUAUGAUCAUUUUCUCUAUACAAAUAUAUAUAUGACAGCCAAUUGUGCCUUAUAAAAAUAUUUUUCAUAUUCUUUACUAUGUAUGAUAGUUUCAUAUGUAGUCAAUUUACAAAAUGAAAAUCUAUAAUUUAUUUAUAUAGAUUAAAUAAGAUACAAAGCAUAAUUUUUAUAAAUCUUAUUCUUAAUCACAUAUUUUUUAUACAUAUUUGUGUGACUUAAUUUUUCUACUAAUAUAGGGAAAUUACAUUUAAAAACUGUUGCAUUAAUCAAAUUAUAUAUUAAAAAUGAAGCUUUUAUAUUUUUAUUGUUAUACUUUGUAGGUAGUAUAUUUUUAAUAAAUAAAAUGCAAAUUU